AUGGCAAACAAUUUCUUGACUGUCUUGUCUACAAUCUUAGUUGAAUUGUGCUUGCUUGAUCGCAACAUACCAGCUGCCGCAAAUUCACAUCUUUAUGCAAGCGUCAACAGUCAUGCUCAUCACUACCCCGGCGACAUCUGGCGCUGCAGGAUCCCAGACGACAACGCUCCCACCCAUGUCACACUGUCCGAUGCUUGGGCUUCUCUCCCAGCGACAACAAACAGCGAAUCUCGGCCAGCUGAUUUUGCUGGAGCUGGAAAAGCCUCGACGCAAAUCGAGGCAUAUCACACCUCAGUCUUCUGCCUUGCAUUGAAAAUCUUUCCUCCAGUCGCACAAUGGUGCUUGUUCUUUAUCUUCUCCUCCUUGGUCGAUCCUGGCGUCGACUUUGAAAUUGCAGGGCUGUUCCCUAAGAAAACCGGGGCCACUCUUGACACUCGACUCUGUCACUCUCUCACGCACCGUGGGCCCUCGCUCUCGUGCCCAGCAGCGAGAAAGCACAAUCACGGGUGGAUGAAGGCCGACUCCUACCACGCGUGCAAAGACAGGAGCGAGGCCCAAAAUCAUGGGCGGAACCCUCCUGGCGAUCUUCUUGACAAUCCUUGGGUGAAUUACUCCUAG